AUGUCGGCGCAAUCACGGUACGCAUGGAUGAAUCCGCCAGAUGACGUCGCCACAACCAACAACGCCAGUGGUCCUCCCACCAUUCCCGCUCCUCCGACAACCCCUCGGAGUGCGCCUUAUGAGGUCCCUUCGAACCAGAAUCAAGACAUGUUUGGCGCUAUCCAUGGACUCCUUUUCGAUACAAACAUGUGGAGCGUAAAUCCUAUGCCAUCGACCGACUUUCAAGCUCCCAUGCUUUUCCACGCUAGAGGCGAAUUCUUUUCACCAGGUACACACAACGUCUUCGCAACCAACAACGACAGUGGUCCUCCCUACAUUUCUGCUCAGUUCGAUGCACUGUCUUACGACCUUCAACCCGGAAGGACUGAGGACACCUUCUGGUGUCCCAAUUGCAAAGUGGAUCGGGAAAAGAAAUAUUUCCGAAAGUCCCUUGCCAUCCAAACUCGAAAUUGUCACAAAUUUCUACCAACGGGCGUUCCGCUCUGGCUGAGCGCAUCAGUCAUCUCGGCAUUCAACGCCAUCGUCUUCGGCCUCGACACAGGAACGAUCGGUUCCGUGACCACCAUGCCCGCCUUCACCGCCACCUUCGGCGACUUCUCAGCGACGAUCCACGGGCUAAUCGUGUCGUCGAUCCUGCUGCCCGGCGCGCUCACCGCCCUCGUCACGGGCGUGCUCGCCGACCGCUACGGCCGCACGCGCAUCAUAGCAACGGGCUCGCUAAUCUUCGGCCUCGGCGCCGCCCUCGAGACCGCCGCCGUGUCGCUGGGCAUGUUCGUCGCGGGCCGCCUGCUCAAGGGCGUCGGCGAGGGCCUCUUCCUCAGCACCGUCUACGUGCACGUGUGCGAGAUCUCGCCCGCGCGCGUGCGCGGCGUCAUGGCCUCGGUCGUGCAGUUCCUCAUCACCUUCGGCCUCGUCGCGGGGUUCUUCAUCUGCUACGCCACGUCGUCGCGGUUUUCCGCGUCCGGCUCCUCCGCCGCCUGGCGCUUGCCCAUCGCGCUGCAGGCCGCCAUCGCCCUGGCCAACGCCGCCGCCUCCUGCUCCUUGCUGCCGCAGAGCCCGCGCUGGUUGCAGGCGCGGGGCCGGCCCGACGAGGCGCGCGGCGUCAUCGACCAACUGGGCCUUGACGACGGAGAGAAGGCCGAGCUGCUGGCACAGUCGGCGGCCGCGCUCGCGCACUCGCCCACCGUGCCGUUCCUGCAGAGUCUGCGCGCGACGACGCUGGAGUUCAGGGAGGCUUUCGCGGGACCCUUCCGAAGCCGCACACUGUUCGGUUGCUUUUUGUUGGCGAUGCAACAGUUUAGUGGCAUCGACGGCGUCCUCUACUAUGCGCCGAUCCUGCUGCGGCAGGCCGGCAUCUCGUCCGGGGACGCCGUGUUUCUGGCGUCCGGCGUCAGCGCGCUGGUCAUCAUGGUCACGACGAUCCCGGCCACGCUGCUGGCCGAUGCGUGGGGCCGCAAGACGUCGACGCUGGUCGGCGGGAGCCUGAUCUUCACUAUCAUGCUGAUCAUGGGUUCGCUCUACGCGGCCGGCGCGGUGCAUGCCGAUACGGGCGCGGCCCGCUGGGUUGUCGUGGUGUGCAUCUACCUGUACGCUGGUGUCUUCAGCGCCACGUGGUCGAUUGGCUUCCGGGCCUUCUUGAUCGAGAGCUUGCCCCGAAAGACAAGGAGCAGUGCGUCGAGCCUGGCGCAGAGUAGCAACUGGAUGGCAAACUUCCUCGUGGCGCUUACGACGCCCAUAUUUAUCGCCACGUCUACCUUCGGGAUCUAUUUUUUCUUUGCUGGCUGCACACUGCUCUGCACGGUAGUGUCCGCGCUCUUCAUGUUUGAAACCAAGGGACGCACUUUGGAAAGUAUCGAGCAGCGGUAUUCAGAGAGCCAGGCGAUGAGCACGGGCAGGUGGAAACUGCCCGUCCACAAUUUCAGGCUUCGAAGACUCCAGGCAACUUCAGCAUAA